CCGGGCCGCGGAGAACCGGGGGCGGCGGGGAACCGGGGCCGGUGUCCCGGGCGGGCGCUGCUCGGGGCGGCCGGUGCUCGCGGGGCGCACCCCGCACCCGGAGCCUGCCGCGCCCGGGGGACCCCCGCUGUGCCCGGAGGAUGCCGGGGGGGGGCCCACCUUCAGCUCCCCCCCGGAGGUCCCGCAGGGCCGGCAGCGAGGGGCGGCUACGCUCGCAGCAUCUCCGGUUCCUGCGGCAACCGGGUGCGCCCCGAGGAUGCCCCGGGGCGCUGCUGCCCCGGCCCGGCAGCCCCGCACCCACCCCCACCGCGGCGGACCCGGCGCCGGUGCAGCGGGAGGCGCCCGGUGCCGUCGGCACGGGGGAGGCCGUGAUCGAGCUGCGCGAGGCCCAUGCCUGCUAUCGGUCUGCGUCUCACCGCUUCUGCCACACCAACACGCACGCCCCGCAGUGGCACGACAUCUGGACCAGGGUGCAGAUCCGUGUCAACAGCAGCCAGGGCAUCCGAGUCACCCAGGUGGAGAGCGAGGAGGAGCUGAGGGAGCUGGAGGAGUCCAGGGUGUGGAAUUUCCUCUCCUCCUUCCUGAAGGAGAAGCUGAACAACACCAGCAUCGAUGUGGAUCUCUACGGCAACAAAACCUGCCUGAAGGUCGAGGUGCUGGAGGCCGGCACCGCGUACUGCGUCGUGCUGUCCCGGCGGUUUGACCCUAAACUGUUCCUGGUUUUCUUCCUGGGCCUGUUGUUGUUCUUCUGCGGGGACGUGCUGAGCAGGAGCCAGCUCUUCUACUACUCGGCCGGGAUAAGCGUUGGCUUGCUGGCCUCGCUGCUCAUCGUCUUCUACGUCAUGUCCAAGGCCAUGCCCAAGAAAAGUCCUGUUUACUUCCUUCUGGUAGGAGGCUGGUCCUUUUCCCUCUACCUGCUUCAGCUCAUCUUCAAGAACCUACGGGAGAUCUGCAAGUCCUACUGGCAGUACCUGCUAAGUUACAUGCUGCUCGUGGGCUUGGUGAGCUUCGGUGUGUGCUACCGGUACGGCCCGCUGGAGAACGAGCGCAGCAUCAACCUGCUCUCCUGGACCCUGCAGCUCCUGGGCCUGCUGCUGAUGUACUCGGGCAUCCAGAUCCGCCCCGUGGCCUUGGCCUUGGUGCUCGUGGCCAUCUGCACCAAGCACCUGGACCACCCCCUGCAGUGGGCCUACGCUGCCUACAGGAGAGCGCAGAGCGCCCGGCUGGGGCCGAGCCCCCCCCGCCUGCUGACCGAGGAGGAGUACCGCAUCCAGGGCGAGGUGGAGACACGCAAGGCCCUUGAGGAGCUCCGCAGCUACUGCAGAAGCCCGGAUUUCUCCGCCUGGACCGCAGUCUCCCGCAUCCAGUCUCCCAAGAGGUUUGCUGACUUCGUGGGCGGCGCCUCUCACCUCACCUCCAGAGAGAUUUCUUUCCAUGAGCAGGAGUAUGGCCUGGGUGGCAGCUUAUUUGAGGAGCAGCUCUUUGAGGAGGAGGAAGAUGACUCCUUCGACACAGACCACGGGAGUUGCUCCGUGUCCUACAACCACCUGGAUGCUGAUUGAGGUCAGCUGUCCCGGACCCAGGAGGGCGAGGGGCAGAACUGCUGGAGUCACCCUGCUCCCCUGACGCCUGCAGUGCCCAAAGCCGUGUUUACAGGCGACAGCGGGUGUUGUCUGUGCCCAGCACCUCCGAUCCCACCCCAGGCGGGGCUCCUGUGAGCCCUGCAGCAGAGCCAGGCUGGUAGGAGGAUACGGGGAGCUGGCACCCUCGUUUUCCCCACGCAGUUCCAGCCAGGCUGAGGCACCGGAGCUCUUGUCAUCGCAGCUCUCGGCAGAGGGUUGCAGGGGGCUGGUCCCUGACCAUGGGGUCCGUGCUGCUGCUGCAGUGUAGGACACUGGUCUGGAGCGGAGCUGGACUGGAGCCGCCCUGGCUCUUGUGGUGUGUGCUUGGGUGCCUCCUGCUGCACACCUCGGAGGGGCAGGGACCUCCUUCCCAGGCCUUGGUGCUGAGCUGCCUCCUGUGCGCACUGAGCCCCGCGCCUCCGUGCUGCGGCUGGCAGGGGGGAGCCCCUCUUCCCCCCACCGUGCUCUGCCAGGGCGUCUCCACCUUUCAGGGCGGGGAUGGAGCAAAAGGUCCACCUCGCGUGCAGAUGCCUGCAGGAGACAUGUUCAUAAAGGACCUUUGGACCCAUCCUGCCGGUACCUGCGUGCUCAGCACCUGCCUGCUGCGAGGCAGCGGUGUGGGGCGAGCACACCCGGGGGCAGCUGCUCCUCCUCGUGCUUACCAAACGUGCCCAAGGGCUGCAGCUGCUCAGGCCGCGCCUCUAACUUGGCGGAAUCCCCUGCAGCUACCAAAAACUCCCCGGCACUUCCCAGGUAGAGCCCCAGCUCCGUGGGCAGGGGGCUCCACGUGUGUGUCGCAGAGCUGGGUGUGAGGCCCAGUGCCCCGCGGAUCGUCCCCAGCGCCCCUCAGGGUGCUGGCUCAGCCUCCCCUUCUCCCAGCGCGGACGUGCCUCCUGUGCCCUGCCCAGCGGCGUGCUCGUGCUUCCAUGCCCUUUCCUCCUGGUGCCAGCCCGCACCGGGCACCGGCGUGCUCCCGCAGCAGCACCUGGGAGCGCACCCACAAAGUGCCUGUGCCGGGGGCUGCGGGAGCUGUUGCGCUGCUGCUUUCAGCCCCGUCCCCACCACGCUCCUCUCGGGGCCAGCGCGGGGCAGGAGGGCUGGCGAAGCCUGGAUGAAGCAGAGAUCUGGGGGGGAUGCCCAAAUCUGUGCAACUUCUUGUGGGAGUGCAGCCAUGGGGGUCAGCAGGCCCCGGGGCUGGCGAUAACAUCGGACUCAACGAUGAGGCCAGGAGGAAUGUGAAGCGUUGAGAAGGAACAAAGGAGGGUGAUCGAAGAGAUGCCUUGCCCUUAAGACCUGGAAGUUGCUGGGUGUUUGCUGUUGCCAGGGCAAAGCUGUUGACCAACGAAUAGUGAAAAAGCGCUGCUGGAGAGCGAAUGGUGUAAGGGAGCCUGUCCUAAGGGGAAGCUGAAGUUAAGUCAUCAAUAACGCAGUAGCAGCUACUGAUCCUAAAAGAGCCCCGGUGGCCGAGUGGUUUUUAUGCCACAACUUCUUUGCAAUAAAACCGCCCUCCCGUAGCCUUGCUGCCCUGGGCUGCUCCCCUACCCCGCUGUGCUGCUGGCCCUGUUUAUGCUGAUUUAGUUCUGGCCUAGGUUCACUCUGCUCCAGCACUGAGCUUUACCCCCGUGUGAGCAGCCUCUGCUGAUGCCUCCCUCUGUCCCCUUGGUGUGCUUAAUGCAGGUUGAUGACCAAGUAUAUUUUUUAAUAAAGGUAUGUUUUCUAGAUAA